GCGGGCCCGGCUCCUGACAGCGCCGAGGUCAAGGCAACAGCUGAGAGUCCGGCAUUCACUCGCUCGCCAUGCUGCGGAACGGAGCCGCCGGAGCCUCUUCCCCUGCCAGCCACGCCGCCACCCGGCCGGUCCGCGUCUGGUGCGACGGAUGCUACGACAUGGUACAUUAUGGGCACUCCAACCAGCUGCGUCAGGCUCGUGCAAUGGGAGAUUAUCUGAUUGUGGGAGUCCACACAGAUGAGGAAAUCUCUAAGCAUAAAGGUCCUCCUGUCUUCACUCAAGAAGAGAGAUACAAAAUGGUGAAAGCUAUUAAGUGGGUUGAUGAGAUUGUGCCAGGAGCGCCUUAUGUUACAACACUGGAAACUCUGGACAAAUACAACUGUGACUUCUGUGUACAUGGAGAUGAUAUCACACUUACAGCAGAUGGCAAAGACACUUAUGAGGAAGUGAAGAAUGCUGGGAGAUAUAGGGAAUGUAAGCGCACCCAGGGAGUAUCUACUACAGACCUGGUUGGCCGUAUGCUGCUCAUGACCAAAGCCCACCACAGCAACAUUGUUGAAGACAUGGAUUACCGGACACAUGCAGACAACCUUGGGAAGUGCCCAAAAGGUCACAGCCCCUGGACUGGAGUUUCUCAAUUCCUGCAGACAUCUCAGAAGAUCAUCCAGUUUGCAUCUGGCAAGGAGCCGCAACCAGGAGAUACCAUCAUCUAUGUGGCUGGUGCAUUUGACCUUUUCCAUGUCGGUCAUGUGGAUUUUCUAGAAAAAGUGCAUCAAAUGGCAAAGCAGCCUUAUAUAAUUGCAGGAUUGCACUUUGAUCAGGAAGUAAAUCUAUACAAAGGCAAGAAUUACCCAAUAAUGAAUGUGCACGAGCGAACUCUCAGUGUUCUAGCCUGCAGGUAUGUUUCUGAAGUUGUGAUUGGAGCUCCUUAUGCAGUCACCGCUGAUCUACUGGAUCAUUUUAAAGUGGAUCUCGUUUGCCACGGGAUGACAGAAUUGGUCCCAGACAAGGAUGGAUCUGAUCCAUAUGAGGAACCCAAGAGGCGUGGCAUCUUCCAGUUGGUGGACAGUGGCAAUAACCUCACAACAGAUCUGAUAGUGAAAAGAAUAAUUAAGAACAGGCUGGAGUUUGAAGCCCGGAACCAAAAAAAAGAAGCCAAGGAGCUGGCUGUGCUUGAGGCUAUGAAGAAAAAAGAGGAAGACGUAGCCCAGCAGAAGGCAGGCCUAAAAGGGUCCCAAGAUUACAAGAGCUAGCAUGGAGGAAAGGUGCAGCAGAAUCCUCCCUUCUGGAGCAGUUUUCCUGGAGGAUAGGAUACUGCUGUCAACCUCAGCAAGGCCUGUGGUCAUGAUUUUCCUGGCUUCAAGUCCACAGUUGCACAUGGAGAAAGAUCCAGGAUGCUGCUAUCUAAUUUGCCCAGGCCCACUCACAUGGGAAGGGUUUAAUAUUUACCUACCAAUAACAGAUUUUAAUUCCAAUGAAUGUUUGCAACACUGCGUGGUUUUAUCUUCUAACAAUAUCUGACCUGUUGGAAUUGGGAAGCAGGAAUAAUCUCUGCUCUGCUUUCUUUUAAAAUCUGUACAUUUCAGACCAUCCCUCUGAUUUUUGCCUGCCAGAGCAGGCAAAAUUUUCUAAUCUUCAAAACCGUCCAGUCUGGCUUGGCUCAUAUCCUACACAGCACUGAUAAGACAGACCCCAGGGUACUCACUUAAUAGCAGUACCUAAUCAAGUUGGGCCAGAUACCCCCAAAGCCUCCCUUUUUCUGAGAAGAAGGCUGUAGCCAUACUGGCAAUCACAUUUCUCGGUUGGGCCCAAAAGGGAGGAAGAGAGCCAGUCUGUAGGUGCUUUCACUGCCUUACACUGAACUUGAUACAUUCAAAGUCUUGUUUAGAGCUUAGUGCAGCUUAGGCUUCCCAGCAGCACACAAUAUGUUCUCAUUAUCCCAUGUUCAGAUGUGCCUCUUUAGAUCCAUAGCUAAGCAAGGGUCGCUGAGAUUGCAUUAUUAAAUGUUCCCAAUAUGGUGUAAAUCUUUAGAAAUCUUGCUGUGGCUCGAUAUGCUUAUUAUACCUCCCAAUACAUUGCUUUGCAAUAGGAAUUCUACUCUACUCUUGUGGCUCUUGUAAAGAGGGACUGAGAUCUCUGCUAGCCCCAGCUGAGCAUACAGCCAUUGUGGAUAAAUGCCUUGUAUGGUGGAAGUAGGAUGCAUUGUUGUGAGGCUCACAGAUGCAUCACUUGCCUGAGACUUCUUUCUCAUGCAAGGUGGGAAUGUACACAGGAGCUGUUCAUGAGGGUGGGGUUCUUUCUUGUGCAGAUGGGCUCUUUUCUAUCUCUCUUGUGCACUUUCAGCAGUGGAAAUUAAUAAAACAUCAAUGACU